CUUUUUCUUCUUUUUUUUUAUUAUUUCACUCGAUAAAGACAUUAUGGCUUUUCUUAACGGUAUCAAAAAGAACCUGAACAGAGCAGGCACUACGAUCAAACAAAGAACAGGUGGAGGCGAUAGAACAAUGGAUAGUGAAUUUGAAGAAGAAUUAGAAAGAUUUAAAUCGCUUGAAAAAAAAUCCAAUAAAUUAGCCAAACAUGCCAAGGAAUAUAUCGAUUCAACACGAGCUAUCAUUGCAUCUCAAAUGCGAUUGGUUCAAGUGAUGGAAAGACUCUAUGGUGAAAGUGCAGCUACAAAUCCUGCCAUUAUGGAAUACAAACGAGUCAUUGAAGCUUUGGAAAGAGAUACAAAAGAUAACUUGGAUCCUGCUUAUCAAAAAGCUGUUUUAGAACCCUUGGCACGAUUUGCUUCUUAUUUCCCUGAAAUCAAUGAAGCCAUUAAGCGUCGCAACAAGAAACUAUUGGACUACGAUGCCCAACGAUCCAAAGUCCGAAAAUUAAUCGACAAGCCUAGUGAAGACCCUCAACGACUACCCAGAGCAGAACAAGAAGCCAAUUUGGCCAGAGAACUCUAUGAAAACCUAAACACGAUCUUGAUCAAUGAUCUGCCCAAGGUUGUUGAUUUGCGCGUACCUUAUUUGGAUCCAGUCUUUGAAGCUCUUGUUAAGUCUCAAUUGGUUUUUUCUCAAACAGGUUAUGAGAAACUGGAAGGUAUGCGAAACUAUGUUCCCCCUGAGAAUGGCAAUGAUCGAAGAGUAGAUGAUGUUUUACAGCAAAUGCGUGAAUUAACAAUUUGCGGUAACUUUUAAUAACAGUGGAGGUCGAAUUACUUGAAAUAAAAUAACGUUUCUCCCCUCCCCUUUUUUUUUCUUUCUUUCUUUCUUUGUCUUUGUUAUCAUGACUACAGCACCACCUCCACCACCUCCACCACAUCAAACCAUACCA